CUUCUUUACAGCAAAGGUGGAGGAAACGAAACUAAAUUCUCCGUCCUCGUAGUCACAGGGGGAGGAAACAAAACCGAUCUCUCUCUUUUCAUUUCCAGGAAUAGGAAACGGAAGGAACAUUCUGUGACUUCAGAAUGGCAACUGCGGCAGAAGAUCUGAUCUGCUCCAUCUGCGGGAAUUCCUGUACAGACCGGGUGUCGCUGCCGUGUUUACACAGAUUCUGCAAACUGUGUAUUUUGCAAGAGUGGGACCCCCAAAAAAGUUCUGGAGUUUAUGUCUGUCCACAAUGUGGGAUGCAACUCGAGGAACACCCUCCGUUGCUCCAUAAGAAAAGGCGGCUGUAUGUGGAAGAGACAGUCCCUUGUACAUACUGUGAUGACGAUGCCCCAGCAGAGAAGACGUGUCUACAUUGUGAAGAUUCACUUUGUGCCAAACACCUAGCAAAGCACAGUACUGGAUCCAACCAUGUUCUGAUAGAACCUACUGCAUCCCUGAAGGACAGAAAAUGUACCAAGCAUGAGUGGCAGGCCCUGGAUCAUUACUGCAUAGACCAUAAAGUCUUCAUCUGUUUGUUCUGCUACGUAGCUGGAAACCACAAGGGGCACGAGGUGAUAUCUCUGAAAAUAUAUUCUGCUGGGAAGGGGAAGGAAUAUCUAAUUCCACUUAUAAGGAAUCUGAGAAGGGAAAGUGAGGACAUUAAGACUCAGAUCCAUAGCUUGGAGGCUCAAGAGGAAGCACAGGCAAGAAAACCAGAUGAUUUUAGAAAAAGAGUCACUGACCAAAUCCAAAACAUCAAAAAAGACCUUGAGGGUCUUCAGGAGAAGGUUCUGAAUGAGGUCGACACACAGAAAAGAAAAGUUGCAGAAUCAGUCCUUGAUUGCAAAAAAAAGCUGGAGGAGCAGAGGCAAGAGCUGUGCAGAAAGAUUAGUGAAAUCCAGAAGCUACAUGAUAUACGCGAUCCCUUGACUUUUCUCAAUCAAGCAAUGGAAACUGAUCUAAUCGGGAUUUUCAAUGUAGAACCAAUCAAAGUAAGUGGUGAUCAGCUCUGCGAAACGCCAAUUUCUGAGAUGCUUCACAAGGAACUCUUACAAUUCACGGAUGGUCUUAAUAAAAAGUUUCGGGUGGACGCCUUUCCAAAGACGCAGGAGCUCCGUAAUAUUAGCGAUCCGUUGACUUUUCUCAAGAUGGGAACUGAUCGGUUUGAUGAAAAAACACCAAUUUCAAAGAAGAAGCACAAGGAACUCUUACAAUUUGCUGACCGUCUGAUUAACCUUUUGCUGAAGGAUGCCUUUCCGAAAAUGAAGAAAUCAAAGAUCACCUUGGACAUGAAGACAGCUCAUUGUAAAAUUAUUAUAAGAAAACAACCCAUUAGUACUGCCUAUUAUACUGCAAAUCGUCAGGUUAGACGUAGUGGUCCAUUGAGGUUCCGAUCCCAACAUGUUCUCAGUAAGCGCAAAUUCUCAUCAGGGAAUCACUAUUGGGAGGUGGAGGUGAAACAAAUAAAUUGUAGCAUUGGGGUCGCCUAUAAUAAUAUAGAGAGAAAGACAACAAGAAAUGAUUCACGCAUUGGUCACAACAAGAAAUCCUGGGGUCUCAGCGUAGAUGACAAGCUUAUCGCUUGGCACAACUCUACUAAAAUAAAAAUCCCCUCAGACUCCCCUGUGAGGUCAUUUGGGAUAUUCCUGGAAUAUGAGGCUGGGCGUCUGUCCUUCUACCAGCUGUGUGACCCCAUCAGACACCUCCACACCUUCACCACCACCUUCACCAGACCCCUGAAUGCUGCCUUCUAUCUUGGUGAGGGUUCCAAAAUUACAAUCCUAAAAUAAUACUGCAACAAAUACACUCUGACCAGGGCUCAAGUCCUGCGGGAACGCGCGGGAACGGAGUUCCUGCACUUUUUUCACAGCAGGAACUCAGUUCC